UCGGCGUCCCGCACGCGCGAAAGGGGCUGGGACGCGAGAGUCGUCGCCAUGUCGACGGGGGCCUCGCUACCAUUGGCAGGUGCCCAGCAUGAUGGUUCGCAGGAAGCGCCGGUCGGGUUUUGAUUGGGCGGCUGUCACAUAUGCGCUCACAUGAGAGUGGGCAUGCGAGUGGCCUUGUGUGCGCUCGUGGCGUCGCAUCAUAUACGUACUGGUCAGUGCCCGUGUUCAGCCAUACAGCGUCUUGCCUUACGACGUAGUGGCAGUCGCGGCCGCCGUUGUUCGCGCGAGGACGCGGUGUGUGUCUUGUGGAAUUUGUUGAGAGUGCACUCGACGGCCUCACUCUCCCGUUAGAAGGUGGGGUUGGCCACCACAUGGAAGUAGCGUGAAUUAAAUUGCGGAUUGGGACAUAGAGAACUCAAGAUAUACGGACCAGAAGAAUUUAAUUACAUGCCACCACGUGGUGGUGCCAUUGCCAAAGGCCAACCGACCUCGCGACGGACCACCGCCACUGCCUGGGGCGAACGAAGGAGUGGACGCCGCGCCAAGUCACGACACUGCUGAGGAUGUAUGCUUCCCGUGGAGACGACCACAUUGCGGCGCGAAAGGAAUGGUUCUUUCGACGCCUCCUGCGCUCAGACGCCCGCCAACGCGCCGCCGCGAUCCAAAAAAUCCGACUCGACCUGGUCGAGAUGGACCCACAUACGCUGGACAUCCAUGUGCCGACUUUGCGGCGGUUGGCACGCGGCGCACCGCUUCCAGACGUACGAACUGGCUGCCGUGACAUCCUCGACGAACUCAACACACCGUACGAUUCCAACGACGACUCCCCUGUGUCGUACUGCAUGGACCCACACGAGAUCGUCGACGUGACCGCGGCCAACGACCCAGACCUUGAAGCGAUCUUUGUCAAAUGCUUCCUUCAGUCCGGCCGCGUCUCCCAUCUCACGCGGAUGCUUGCGUGGCACACUCCUUACCUCAAGCUCCACCGUAGCCUCAUAUCGUCUAUCAUGCUCAGCGACGGCCCGCUUCCCCUGGAAUGGCGCAACUACAUCGCCCUCAUGGCCGCGUCCGAGUACCGAUGCCAUUACGUGUGCAUUUUGCACCAGCACUACUUUCUCAUCAACGGCGGGGACGCAGCCUGGCUGGAUGGCCUCGACUACGUGCCGUCGAAGCUCGCGCGCCUGCACAGUUUGAACGCGCUCUUGGCGCACCAGCCGUGGCUCAUUACGUCCGACGACGUUGCAGCGCUGCUGCAAACGACGACCGACUGCGACGGGUCGUCGUGGUCCGUAUCGGAGCUCGUCCACGCCAUCGUCGUGAUGUGCAUGUUUCAUUCGAUUUCGAGCAUUGCGCUCGGUCUGGGCUGCGUGGACGAGCCCGACAUGACAUUCCUCUCGAGCACGUCGAUGUUUGUCCCGACUAUGCGCAGCCGUCGAAAGAGCAGCAGCCUUAGCGACCGCAAGAGCGAGUGCAGCAGCACCGGCGUACCUGAGUACGAUCACGUCCGGAUGGAAGAGGAGGAAGCGGAGCUCCGCGCGCGCUUUCAAGCGCACCAUUCGUCGGCCGGCGAUCCAAACAACUCGAGUGAUGACAGCAGCAGCGAUGACGACGAUGGCGACGCGCGUGAUGGCAGCGACGACGACGAUGGCGAUGACGCGCCGUUUGAUCUUGCUGCAGCGUUGUCCGGCAGCAGCGGGUGCGGCAAGCAUCACCGGGUAUCGUCCAGACGGCUCCAUUCCCGCGACGACUCGAUCGAGCCGGCGGUGGCGCCGCGAAAGGGCGACCUGUGGCACUACUGCAGCGAAACCAUUGACGAAUACGUCGACUUUGACGUGCGGUCGACCGAGUACAACGUGCUGCACACGGAGGACUUUUCAUGGGACGAGCAUUGCUUCUCCCUUGUGAGUCGAUACUUUCCCGGCCCGGGGGGAGCGAUCCUGGAAGACUUGUUCAAGCUCACGAUGACGCUGACGUAUCGUACGUACGGCAAAGCCCCCCACCAGGUGCUCGAAUCGACCCACCCGAACCAGCACGAUGACGAUGCCGCCCAAAACGAGUCCCAUGUCGACACAACGCCAUUCCGCCAUGCGAUCUGGUACUACGUGCAUCGCAUUUACGGCAUCUGUCAUGACGACUACGACUACCGCAACGUCAACAUCUACUUGAACCGGCCAACCAAGCAAUUCGUCAAGAAGGUCGCAUGCACGCCGUGGCGCGUCGCUGCCAAGGACGUCGAGCACUUUAGCCACACGCUGACGGCGUCGGAGAAAUGCCACGUGACAUUGCUGGCGGCCGAGGCGCGCAAGCAGGCCGGGCUCAUGUAUGGGUUGCGUGCGGUCAUGCAGCAUUUCCUGUAAAGCGCGUAUUUAAACCCGAUGAUGAAUCGUCUCCUUGUGGGUGGGUGGCAAUGGGAGGCAAGUCUCGUCGGGUUUGGCGGUUUGGUGGAUGGCCCGCGCCGCAGCGAUCGUCGUGGAAUCGGUCGUCGCGAUGGAUGGGUCGUCGAAGAGCGGACGACGUUGCGCCGGAUCCUUGAGUUGAUGCAUGAGCAACCGCACGAGCGAAUCGAGUGAUGGGUCGUUGUCGUCGCCAGGGCUCGCACAAGGGAACGGCGUCUCAUGGACGAAUCCAUCCAACUCGCUCCACUCCACGCGGAGCCCGGCAUCCGACGCGCUCGCCUCGGCAUCCAGCGACGUUGCAAUGGCUUGGAAUUUUCCCAGCGAAACCUACGAUGCAACGGUAAAGAUGUGAAUGGGAUGGACGUGAUGGAGUCGCGAC